GUGAGGUCACCCACACGAAAUAAAUAACAACCAACAACUACAGAUUCUCGUCUCGUGUCUGUUUGCUGAAGCAGGUAAAAUGAAUCGCUAAGCUUUACUCGGGAAAUAGGAGAGAGGAAAGCCAUUCCGUCUUCGCUUCGAAGCCCCCGCUUCUGUUGAAAUGGAAUCUCACAUUUUUUGCUCUAUUGGUCUGUGAAAAAACCCAAGGAAUAUUUGUUAUUUGUUAGUUGAUUCUCAUGAGGAAAAUGGACCUUCGUAAUAGCUUUUCGCCUCGUUCUGGGAGAUUGAAAGAACUGAAGAAUUCCUUUCGUCAUCUCGUGUCUAGGGGUCAUGAAGCAGUCGCGGAUGGUGUAAAAUCUGAGAGUGUAUUGAAGGACUUCUAUAUUCCAGAGUAUAUUCUUGUGCCUGGAUCAGAGGUCGAUAAUGAGUCUCAUACGCCUUCCUGUCCUGUUAUUGUGUUCAUCAACUCAAAAAGUGGGGGACAGCUUGGACGGGAACUUCUUGUUACGUAUCGCAACCUUCUUAACAAAAACCAGGUUAUUGAUCUUGGAGAAGAGACUCCUGAUAAGGUCCUCCAUCAAAUUUAUGCCACUCUGCAAACACUAAAGAACCAUGGUGAUGAAUUGGCGGCUGAAAUUGAGAAGCGUCUAAGAAUUAUAGUUGCAGGUGGAGAUGGUACAGCUGGUUGGCUCCUUGGUGUAGUUUGUGAUCUCAAACUACCUCAACCUCCACCGAUUGCUACAGUACCAUUGGGAACAGGAAAUAACCUCCCAUUUUCAUUUGGUUGGGGAAAGAAAAACCCAGGCACAGACCGUUUGUCUGUAGAGUCAUUUUUGGAACAAGUAAAGGCUGCCAAGGAAAUGAAAAUCGACAGCUGGCAUAUUAUCAUGAGAAUGAAAUGCCCAAAAGAAGGCUCUUGUGACCCUGUUGCGCCUCUUGAACUACCCCAUUCUUUGCAUGCGUUCCAUCGCGUCUCUGAAUCAGAUUCAUUAAAUAUGGAGGGUUACCACACUUUUCGUGGGGGCUUUUGGAACUAUUUCAGUAUGGGAAUGGAUGCUCAAGUAUCAUACGCAUUUCACUCUGAGAGGAAGUUACACCCAGAGAAAUUUAAAAACCAAAUAGUAAAUCAGAGGACUUACUUAAAGCUUGGAUGUACUCAAGGAUGGUUUUGUGCCUCUCUUUUUCAUCCCUCUUCACGGAACAUAGCACAGCUUACAAAGGUUAAAGUCAUGAAAAGCAAAGGUCAAUGGGAGGACCUCAGCAUACCUAGCAGCAUCCGGUCCAUUGUUUGCCUCAACUUGCCCAGUUUUUCAGGUGGACUCAAUCCCUGGGGAAAGCCCAGUGGGAAGAAACUGCGUGAUCGGGACUUAACACCUCCUUACGUAGAUGAUAGCCUUAUUGAGGUUGUUGGUUUUAGGAAUGCUUGGCAUGGGCUUGUUCUGCUUGCUCCAAAUGGACAUGGGACUCGUCUUGCACAGGCAAGUAGAACUCGUUUUGAGUUCCGGAAGGGUGCAGCUGACCACACAUUCAUGAGAAUUGAUGGGGAGCCUUGGAAACAACCACUCCCAGUUGAUGAUGAUACAGUUGUUGUGGAAAUUUCUAAUCAUGGUCAAGUGACUAUGCUUGCCACCACAUCAUGCCGAGCCAGAAGUAUACAUGAUCCAGCUUCACCCAAUAAUGAUAAUGAUGAUGAAGAGGAAAACACUGAUGAAGAAGAUGAAUCUGCUGAAGAUUGGGAAGAAAGAAGGAAGUUUGGAGCUGCUGACACUUUCAAAUUUCCAGAUGAUUUUGAUAUAUCUCAACUUAGUUGAGCUAUUAAACAUAUUAUCUGUAUUUUUGAUCAGUUGAUUAGCCUUAGAUUUUGUUUGCAUUUUAGCUUAUUGCUUUGGCAAUGGUUGAUUAUGUCUACUAUGGCCAGGAGAACUAAUAUCUGUUUACAAUGUACAGCCUAUACCACCUCAUCAUUAUGGCA